AUUGGUCCGAUCCCGCAUUGGACGACGUCGAUCUCUGAAGUCGUUUCGCAUGUCAAGAGUUUCUCGACGAGUUUGCCCAAUUCGAGGUCAAUUCAGACAUCGAAUUCGCAAUGACCAGUCUAAGGAUACUAGUACCCGUCAAGAGGGUCAUUGACUACGCGGUCAAGCCGCGCGUCAACAAGACUAACACUGCUAUCGAAACUACUGGAGUAAAACACAGCAUGAAUCCAUUCGACGAGCUGUCCAUCGAAGAAGCCGUUCGUAUCCGAGAAAAGAAGACCGCUCCUGUUGAAGACAUUCUUGCCUUCAGCGCUGGGCCAGCCAAAUCGCAAGACGUGUUGCGAACGGCCAUGGCUAUGGGCGCAGAUCGUGGCAUGCACGUCAUCAAUGAGAAGGAGGAUUUGGAGCCACUCGGCGUUGCUAAACUGCUGAAGAAGGUCGUGGAGGAUGAGAACAGAAAUCUCGUUAUUCUCGGCAAGCAGAGCAUCGAUGACGAUUCUGCUCAGACGGGCCAGAUGCUUGCGGGGUUGUUGAACUGGCCUCAAGCUAUCCAGGCAGCAAAAGUCGAGAUUAAUGGCGAUGUUGUGACAGUCACGAAGGAGGUGGAUGGAGGUGUGGAAACGGUGAAGGCAAAGUUGCCAAUGGUCAUAACUACCGACUUGAGGUUGAACGAGCCCAGAUAUGCAAGCUUGCCAAAUAUCAUGAAGGCCAAGAAGAAACCCUUGAUACAGAAGAAGCUCGAAGAGAUGGGUAUUGAUGUUAGCAAACGUCUAAAGACAGUUAAAGUUCAAGAACCGCCGCCGCGGAAGGGAGGUGGAAAGGUGGAGGACGUCGAUGGCAUGAUCAGCAAGCUUAAAGAACUUGGCGCUAUUUAGAAAAGUUAGACUCCUCUGCGAUCAAUUGUAUAUAAGGAUAUCCAGUGAUGGUCAACAAGGCUAAAUCCUUGCUUCUUGUUUUCUUUCCAGUGGAUGCUUCCAGACGGUAAUAAAGAAAGCGAGCAAUGCACAUGAAAUUUGGUGGGAUUUGAGCCUUAAGAGCUCGGAGAAGAUGUACUUGGUUUGCGUUCACAUUGAUGCCAAGCACGACUCAGAAGUAAUCCAUCAUUCCCACGGCCAACGUUGCUAAGAACCACAUUUCUACCUCAUUUCCCG